UAUAGAGCUACAAAAAUGGCAAAAGCAGGCUUUUUAGCAUGGGAUUUACUCUAUUUAGAGCAUCGAAUGAGACGCUUUGAACGCUGUAAUCAGAGGAGAAAUUGGCGAGACUUACACGAUCCAUUUGAUCUCCAUGACACGGAAUUUGUGAAACUGUACAGAGUAAACGCAGAUAUUGUGAUAGGGUUAACCGAUGCAUUAAGAUCAAGAUUAGAGCGUGAACGACCGAACUGUCUCAGUCCUGAAUGUUAGGUAUAUAUGUUCUAACAGCUCUACGGUUUUAUGCUGUUGGUUGUUACCAAGGUGCAAUUGGAGAACAAUGGGACAUUGCAAUUAGCCAGCCAUCCGUUAGCCGCUGUGUACGAAGAGUGACUAAUGCUAUUAAUGACAUCUUACUGCGACAAUGGUUACGAUUUCCUAUGACUGAUGAUGAACGCCAAAGAGCUCGGGAAAAAUUUAAAAAUGCUCCUCAACCGUUUGAAGGCGCAAUUUGGACAAUCGAUUGCACUUACAUCAAUAUAAAAGGACGCGCGGUACAUGAAGAAGCAUAUGUGAAUCGUUGGGGUGAUCACGCACUCAAUGUCCAAGCUAUCUGUGAUCCUAAUUUAAAAAUCUUGAAUGUCAAUGCGCGAUAUCCCGGAGCGCGACAUGACGCAUACAUUUGGUCUAAUUCUCCCGUAAGACGUGUCAUGGAACGGAAAUACAAUGAUGGAGAACGCAAUACUUGGUUAAUAGGUGACGAUGGAUACACACUCGAGCCAUGGCUAAUGACUCCUCUGCACGAAAUACCAGGCACGCUUAGGUUCUAAUACAAUGAGGAUUUGUACAGCGCCAGAUCCUGCAUAGAACGCUUAUUUAGAGUUUGGAAGGCGAUAUUUCGAUGUCUAUCGUCUCAGAGAAGACUAAUGUACGAACCAGGCAUGGCCGGAAAAAUUGUAAAUGCUUGUGCUGUGCUGCACAGUAUGAGAAUUGCACACGGCAUACAGGAUGAGGACAUAGAAAUGGAAAAUGCAGCGUGUCAUAGGCCAAAUAUUUUACAUCAUCCUGAAGACAGACAGUUGCAAGGACGGGCUCUUGUUGUACGCAUACAAGAGCGUUUUAUUGCUCGGCAAUACGGAAGACUUUAAAUAAUGUUACAUAUUACCAUUUGCCUCGGUUAACUCUAUCACAAUAUCUGCGUUAAUUCCGUAUCAUAGAGAUCAAAUGGAUCGUGUAACUCUCGUUAAUUUCUUCUCUGAUUAUGGCGUUCAAAGCGUCUCAUUUGAUGCUCUAAAUAGAGUAAAUCCCAUAACAAACACAGUGCAAAUAAAAAUUAUAUUUUAAAAUUUUACAUCUUUUUCAUUUUAGAGAACGAUUAAUAGUGAAAGUCAAUCUACAAAGGUAAACCUCUUAUAAAUAU